UCUGUAAUGCUCUGUUCUUGGCAAACUGGAGCAACGAAUGCAUCCAGCUGUCGAUGAGGGCUUCCCGUAUUUAGUAAUCAUGUGGUCAGCUUGCUCUGAUCUCUCGAGGUCCUUCAAACAUAGAUUUGACAUGACUAUAAGCAGAAUAUAAAGGCUACUGCAUAGCGUCUGUCUUCCUGGCGCAUUUGUUCUGUAUAUGAGCAAACCAAAGCUAGCUAUCUCAUGCAUCGACAGAAACUCCCAAUAUUAGGAGGCUGUUUUUCUUAGCAUGACUGCCUUACUCUAGUAACACCCCAGAAAUCGUAAUGUACGAUAUCCCGCAGUCUCUCCAUAAGCGCUAGCUACCUUCCAAAGAACCAAUUUGUCAUCACCAUCAACCAACCGGGUGGAACUUCUAUCGGACAAAACAUGAAGCCAAGGCCACCAAAACAGAAAAAUCUUAAUAAUCAUCGGACAAAUUUCCUAGCAAACAACAUAAUUCUUCGUACUCAUUUGUGCGAUGGGAAGGAAACGAUGUGCGCUUGUUUGCCCGAAGGACGCACUUCCCCCAUCGGGCAAGAAACGGCGGAAGGUCAUUACUUGUUCAAAAUAGGUCACAUAUAUCUGGAGAGUUGCUUGAUGAUGAGUUUUCUAGUACAGGCUUAAUAGCGCAGUCAUUGCUAAAUCCCUUACACAGCGAACCUUUUUGUUUUGCAUCAGACUUGAGGUCGAUAUAUCAAGACACCCAUACUGAUAUAGACACACCACAAAAUCAACACACAAUGCCAUUCUUCCAACCCUCUGUAUCGCCCCUCCCGGAAAACAUCUCUCUACGCGGCCAAACGGCAAUCGUAACAGGCGCUAGUCAAGGUAUCGGCACCGAAAUUGUAGCACAGCUCCUCGAGCGCUCCAUCUCGACCGUCGUCCUCGCCGUCCGCAAUGUCGCCAAGGGAGAAGAGGCGCGCAAAGCGAUUCUCGGGCGUCCCAGCGUGAAGAAGGGAAUGGAUACAAAAGCUGUUGUGAAGGUAAUGAAGCUUGAGGCCGAGGAUUACGGCAGUGUGAAGAGCUUUGCGGACGACUUUUCAAAGGAGUUUGGUGAGCUGCAUUUGCUGAUGUUGAAUGCUGGGAUUGGGAUUUUGGAGCGCGACAUCCUCCCGACGACGCACGAAAAAACAAUACAAGUCAACUACCUCUCCAACGUCCUCCUCCUUCUCCUCCUCUACCCGCUCCUCACAAACACCGCUACCACUACCGGCACACCAACACGCAUAACCUGGACCGGCUCCCGCAUGCACACCUCCUCCUCCCUCCUGACCGGCAAAAAACCCCUCGCCCCUUCAUCCACCGUCCUCGGCCACUUCGACUCGAAAGAAAGCUGGGUCCCCUUCACGCGAUACGGCGACAGCAAACUCCUCUGCCUCCUCUUCAUGUACGAGAUGACCAACCACGAUGACGGCGGCAAGGUAGUGCAGAAUAGUUUUUGCCCGGGGAUGGUGAAUACAGGUAUGAGCGACGUUUUACCGAUUUACCUACGCGUGCCCGUGAACAUGGUAAAAGCUUUGCGCGCGAGGAGUGUAGACGUCGCCGGGUGGGUUGCGCUGAAUACUGCGGUUGUGGUUGGCGGAGAGUCGCAUGGCCAGUUUUAUGCUGAUAAAGAGGUUGUGGAACCUGCGCCGUGGUUCAGGUCUGCCGAGGGCAGGAGAGUGCAGAAGAUGUUGUGGAAUGAGACGGUGGAUGAGAUGGCCAAGUAUACUAAGGUUCCGGCUUGGAUGAAGAAGGUGUGA